AUGGGGUGGGGGGCGGGCAAGCGGCUGUAUAGGUGCUUAGCUGCUGAUUGGGGUGAACUCAUCACACCUGGUAUUCUGUGGCUGAGGAACCCAGGCCCCCAGCACGAGAAACGGACUCUCUUUGGAGACAUGGUGUGCUUCUUGUUUAUUACUCCACUGGCGACCAUCUCUGGCUGGUUGUGUCUACGAGGAGCAGUGGACCAUCUGCACUUUAGUAGUAGGCUAGAAGCUGUUGGCCUCAUUGCACUCACUGUCGCACUCUUCACUAUUUACCUCUUUUGGACCCUAGUAUCCUUUAGGUAUCACUGUAGAUUAUACAACGAAUGGCGUCGGACCAAUCAGCGGGUGAUACUCCUAAUCCCAAAGUCUGCCAACGUCCUCUCCAACCAGCAGUCCCUGCUGGGCCUGCAGUCCCUCAAAAGGAACUCAAAGGAGACAGUCGUUUGA